ACGUCCAUGUACCCAUUUACGAGGAUGAAGUAUUUAAAUCGUCGUUCUGUCAUGGAAGAGGAAGCUCGUAUUAUCGUUGCGGUGAGAUACAAAUGAACCUGCGUCUCGUAGAAGACAAAUUAAAUACAUUAGAAGAAAAACCGUUCUAUAACUUGUCUCUACAAAAGCCUCAGAUUUCUGUACCUAUGCCGAAUUUGAAAUUCACACUAUUUCCUCAACCUGAGGAACCAAAAAGUGAAGAUGAUAGAAACGAAUGUACAACGAAGAAAUCUGUAGAAUACAUAUACGAAACGAAAAAUAAUAUUAUCCGAAUAUUUGAGAAGAACGUAGACAUCCAAACUAAAACACCUGUACCAGAUAUAAAUUCCUUUGAAUUUUGUAAUGAAUUUUCUUUUGAGGGAGGUGGUUGCCUAAAGUUAAUUACAAAUAAUUCUGGAUUGUAUCACAGAUUAUUUUUGGUCCACGUCGAAUUUGAACAAGAUAUCGAAGCAACAAUCGUAUAUAAAGAAAUGGAAUCAUCACCAGGAAGUAGGUAUCUAUCAUACAAAGAUGAGGACGGUAAAUGAGAUUGGUGUAUCCUUCGCAUGGAAGAACGUCUGCUACCUGGGAGAAAUUAUUCUGGAGGAAAAACAACGCCGUU